CAACCGAAUCAUCGUCUCACUCCAGAUCGAUAUCAACAAGCCAAGCCACGCAAGCCACACACUCAAACGAGACGUACACUUCCUUGUCCUAGCUCUCGCCAGUCGCCACCACUGCACGCGUCAGCUACCAGCCUCAUCGCCAUCUCGCUCGCUCGCUCGAUCGCCAUGGGCGGCCUCACCAUGGACCAGGCCUUCGUGCAGGCCCCCGAGCACCGCCCCAAGGCGUCUGUCGCCGAGGCCGACGGCAUCCCGGUCAUCGACAUCUCCCCUCUCUUCUCUGCCGCCGCCGGCGACGGGGGCCGCGCCGGGGUGGACGCGCUGGCGGCUGAGGUCGGGAGGGCGAGCCGGGACUGGGGCUUCUUCGUGGUGGUGCGCCACGGCGUGCCGGCGGACACCGUGGCGCGCGCGGCGGAGGCGCAGCGGGCGUUCUUCGCGCUGCCACCGGAGCUGAGGGCGGCCGUGGCGCGGAGCGAGGCGGCGCCGAUGGGGUACUACGCGUCCGAGCACACCAAGAACGUCAGGGACUGGAAGGAGGUGUUCGACCUCGUCCCGCGCCAGCCCCCGCCGCCGACCGCCGUGGCCGACGGUGAGCUGGUGUUCGACAACAAGUGGCCCGACGACCUGCCGGGGUUCAGAGAGGCUCUGGAGGAGUACGGCGAGGCAGUGGAGGAGCUGGCGUUCAAGCUGCUGGAGCUGAUCGCCCGGAGCCUUGGCCUCCAACCCGACCGCCUCCAUGGCUUCUUCAAGGACCAGACCACCUUCAUCCGGCUCAACCACUACCCUCCCUGCCCGAGCCCCGACCUCGCCCUCGGCGUCGGCCGCCACAAGGACGCCGGCGCGCUCACCGUCCUCUACCAGGACCACGUCGGCGGCCUCGACGUCCGCCGCCGAUCCGACGGCGAGUGGGUGCGCGUCACGCCCGUCCCCGACUCCUUCAUCAUCAACGUCGGCGACAUCAUCCAAGUGUGGAGCAAUGACAGGUACGAGAGCGCGGAGCACAGGGUGGCGGUGAACGUGGAGAAGGAGAGGUUCUCCAUCCCCUUCUUCUUCAACCCGGCGAGCUACACCAUGGUGGAGCCGCUGGAGGAGCUCGUCGGCGAGGAGAGCCCGGCCAGGUACAACCCCUACAGCUGGGGCGACUUCUUCAGGACCAGGAAGAAUAGCAACUUCAAGAAGCUCGACGUCGACAACGUCCAGAUCGCCCAUUUCAGGAAGACCUAGCUAGCGACCCGAUCGAUCGAUCGACCGUACGUACGUUGCCGCCUAGCUAGCUAGUCCAGUUCAGGUGACCGAUCGAGACCAUGGUGCCAUGUCACCAUUUGUGAGAUAAAUAAUGCCUGUGUCGUGUACAA